AUGAGAAACACUGGCGUACACGCGGAGCUGAGGCACCGUUUGUCAUCAAUUAGGGAAAUUUUUGCACUUGGCAUCAAGAUGCUCAGAUUCCCUUUGUUCGCGAUCUCGCUGAUCGCGCUGAACAGCUUGCUCACUCCGGCAUUCGCUGGCUGGAGCGCCAAGGGCGGCGGCGGCGGCGGCGGCGGCGCACGGUGUGCCGGCGGUGGUUGCGCCAGGAAGCUUUCUGCCACUGGCGGCUCUGGUUCUGGAGGAUCCCCGUACUGGUGGCAAGACUCGAAACCGUUCAGCAAUCCUGAUCAUGGAUCCGGUGGUUCUCAUCAGCCAUCAGGGAAUUAUCCUCAGCAGCAACAGCAGCAGCAGUUCCAGAACACCUGCAAUCCGGGCUACGAAUGCGUCUCUUACGAUCGCUGCGACAAUGGUAUCGUGGUACCACACGGAAGUGCCGGGCAAAUUGACUUGCGGGGAAAGCCCAACAAGAAUAUAAAUGCUCUUGGCAGUCCUUGUGGCAACAACCAAGUAUGCUGCAAAUCAGACAGUCAAUACAGUCCAUCAGCCAGUAACCAGCAGUUCAGUGGGAAUAGCCAACCACAGCAAGGAUGUGGUAAUGGAGGAUGUGGAUCCAGCAACCAACAGUACCAACCUGCUGCACCACAAAGCUCUGGCUGUGGUGGAGGGAAUGGAUGCAAUGGGCAACAGCAGGUUCUUCAGCAACCUUUCCAACAACAGCAGCCACAACAGCAAUUUGGCGCUCCUCAGCCGUCAAGGCCAGCAGGUGGUGGAGGUGGUGCCCUACUUAUAUCUUCCAAACCCUACGUGAAGAAACCUGCACAAGGAAGUGGAUGUGGCCCUGGAAAUCCUGGGUGCUCACAACAGCCAAGUAAUCCAGGUUUCCAACCUCCCAGUCAAGGUUUGCCAAAUUACCCAUCACAGACAUCCCCUGGAUGCAGCAAUGGAGCAUGUGGUGGACAGCAACCUCAGGUGUAUCAGCCUCAACAACCUCAACAGCAGUUCAACCCAGGAAGUUCUGCACCAAGUGGUUGUGCUGGUGGAUCAUGUGGUGGCCAGAAACCUCAAGUGUACCAACCUCAACAACCUCAACAGCAGUUCAACCCAGGAAGUUCUGCACCAAGUGGUUGUGCUGGUGGAUCAUGUGGAGGUCAGCAAUCUCAAGUGUACCAACCUCAACAGCAGUUUAACCCAGGAAGUUUUGCACCAAGUGGUUGUGCUGGUGGAUCAUGUGGUGGUCAGAAGCCUCAAGUGUACCAACCUCAACAAUCUCAACAGCAGUUCAACCCAGGAAGUUCUGCACCAAGUGGUUGUGCUGGUGGAUCAUGUGGUGGUCAGAAACCUCAAGUGUACCAACUCAACAACCUCAACAGCAGUUCAACUCAGGAAGUUCUGCACCAAGUGGUUGUGCUGGUGGAUCAUGUGGAGGACAGCAACCUCAAGUGUACCAACCUCAACAGCAAUUCAACCCAGGAAGCUCUGCACCAAGUGGUUGCACUGGUGGAUCAUGUGGUGGCCAGCAACCUCAAGUAUACCCAGGUGCACAACCUAGACCACAAGUCCCAGUACCAAGUGGAUGCACUGGAGGGUCUUGUGGAGGUCAGCGACCCCAAGUUCAACCACCUAGACCACAAGUUGGCCCAUCAUCUCCAAGUGGUUGCUCUGGUGGAUCAUGUGGUGGCCAACAACCUCAAGUGUACCAACCUCAACAACCACAGCAAAUUUCCCAGUCAGGAGGAUGUGGUGGACCUGGCAAUCCUUGUGGAGGACAAGGACAACAAACAUAUCAACCUCAGCCUAAACCCAGUCCCGGCAUUGGUGGACAGCAACCUUUCCCAGCAAGACCAGGGGGUUGCAGUCCUGGAGCCCCUGGAUGUGGGCAACAGAGACCUCAGGUUCAACCAGCAAGAUUUCCAGACUAUCAUCUCCAUGCCUGUUCAGCCGCCCAACAUUGCUAGACAGCCCUUUCCUUCCGCUGGUGGCAAUCAGAAUUCCAUCAACGCAAACUUUAAGCCAUACACUGGACCCACUGCUGCUCCAGUGCCCUUUGCUGGAUGCUCUGCUGGUUUGCUUUGUGUUGAAAACAAUCUCUGCAAUGCCACUGGUUACAAAAUCCCUUUCCCCGAUCCAAUUGAUGCCCAAAAUACAUACAGGGUUGCUGUCAUGGAUUGCACAAACCCUGAUACAGGCAUUAUAGGUGUUUGCUGCAGAGAUCCCGACUAUGUUGACCCAUGGCCCGGCGGCAUGAUGAUGACUGGGCCAGGGAUGAAGGGUAAGCGGGAUGUUGCGGCUGUCUUGAAGAAAGACGAUGAUGAAGCUGCUUUGGCCGACAGAGUGGCUCCGAAUAAUGACGAACCACAGGAGGAUCAUCAAGGACGUGUUAAUCUUAGACGCUGUUUCCUCUUUGUGCACUUACUGGUCGUGAAGGUUGUCGGUCGUAGUGUACGUAAUAUUGCCAAGGAAACUCCAGAAACAAAUCAGAAAGUCACACAUCCCACGAUCCAAGUUUCCGAAAUCAAGGAAGAGAAGAAAGAAUUCCAAGCAGCUACCCAUCAACAGGAAGGUUCUGGUCAACCACUCAUCAAACCCUCAGGGCCACAGGUUAAACCAGGGUUAUUCACAGAAGAGGAUUUCCCUCCCCUCGGGCAACCUCAGAAAAAACCGGCAGUCUUGCCAACAAAGAGCCAAGAAGAGGUUUCAGGUGCGAUAAAACCCGAAACCAAACCCGCAGUGUUACCAACGAAGAACCCGGAUGCAAAUUUUGACGAGAAAAAACCAGAAACCAAACCCGCAGUGUUACCAACGAAGAACCGAGAUGAAACUGCUGCUGAAGAGAACAAACCAGAAACCAAACCCGCAGUGCUGCCGUCAAAGGGUCAAGAUGUCGCUCCUGCAGUCUCACCAUCACCAUCAUCUUCACAACCUUCUCCCCAGAAGCAACCACUUGGACCACAGACGAAACCAGCUCUAUUUGAAAUCAAACCUGAGCCAUCUAAAGACAAGUUUACUGCUGGAGAUAAAUCUCCAGUCUCAGAUGAGCCAGCAAUCGGAAUUCUUUUAGAGCCAGUUUCCAGCAGUGAAGUGGAUUCCAAAAACCAGAAACCAUCUGCUCCUGAAGCUGAUGGGGUCAACACCAAGCCACAUAUUCCCGAGGAAGAAAAGAACAAACAUCACGACAAAGAACCAGUCAUUGUCUUCAAGUCACCCUCUGGAAAUAAUGAGACUGAAAUUAAAAUACAAUCUCAGGAACUCAAAAAACCUUUUAUUAAGCCCUUUCCUGCUGCUGGAGACCACGAAAAAGAACACAAUAGUCAAUCCUCAGUAAACCAACCCGAGGUUAACCAAAAACUACCCCUCGCGCAACACAUUCCUGAAGUCCACGAUGCAAGCAAGAAUUCAAAGAAUCCAACGGUUGAACCAAUUCCUCAAAAUAAGCAGGAAAUCCCGAUUGUCCAUGAUGACUCCAAAGAAAUUGACCAAGAGCAGAGUGGCACACGGUUUGACAUCGUCCCCAUCAAACCGAUUCCCAGUCCUGGGAAUGUAGUGAUUGACCCGAUUGCUCCUCUGGGAGUCUGUGGUGAAGGCUAUGAAUGUGUUCCUCACUACCAAUGCGACGAAAGUGGGUUUAUCGUCACUGACGGAGACGGAAUUCUGGACCUUCGUCAAAAGCCCUUACCCAGUGUUCUCCCUGAG